AUGGCCAACGAAGACUUCUGUUUAGUUAGGACUCGUCUCGGCACCUUCGCAUCACUUUACGCCCAUCCCAACAAUUCGGCUCGGCGAGAGAAGGCCUUCCAGGAUCUGGAAGAAGCCUUCGCCAUCGUCGGCCGAUUCAUCUUAGGUGCCGACGUCAAUGGUUAUUCUGCGUUAUGGGGGUCUCCCCUCCCCACCAGCAGCACACAUGACGCCCAGUGGAAGAUUGGCGACGACUUCCUCACCAUCUGUCUGCGUGGACACGGGAUGGUCUUAAACAGGCCAGACCUGUUUCCAGACCCGACCUUUGUCGGUGGUGUUGGAAGCUCGCAUAUUGACGUCACUGUGGCGUUCGGCCGAGUGCCGUUACAUGAAUGGAAACUCUCCGAUGAGUUUUCAGGUAGCGACCAUCGGUUGAUUCGAAUUAGUUUUCAGGACUCUGCACCUAGUAUUCCCCGGAGACUACAACUACGACUCACUGACCACAAGAAGGUCGGUGAAGUUGCUGCGACCAUCCCGGACCACUCCUCUGCUGUGGAAAUCGCCGCUACACUUUCGGAGGCUGUAGCGGCCAACACCCCUCUGAUGGAGGGACGUGACUCACCUUCUUGGUGGAGUCAGAAGCUGACGAAGCUGAAGCAGGGUCUCAACAAGGCGCAGAAGAAACUCCAAGCAGCCAAGAGGAACGGCGCCGUGCUCCAGAUCGAGCAUUGGCAAGAAGAGCUUCUGGAGCGACGAAGACUCUACAGGAUCGAAGUCCGCGCGGCGAAGAAAAGGGCCCGGGAUCGCUUCUAUGCAUCCCUUAAAGACUUUUCAAGCUGCAUCAGAGGCCCUAAAAGCCAGAUUCCAACCAAGCGGAGUAUCUACUACAAAAGCUAUUCCCUCGAGACGAUGACCGACAGCGAGGUCUAG